UGAACAAAUUUGUUGCGAACUCCUUUUUAGGGUUUUGUGAAAACCUCGAAUGUCUGAGACUAAUUUUGAAUUUGAAUGCUUACUGUUAGCUAACUCAGGGUUGUUUGAUAUGGUGCAAAACUGCAUUCAAAUGGUUGAUAAUAUCGUUAGGAUGACACAAUUGAUGAUUAAGAAAGGAUGGAUUUUUUUUUUCUUUGAAGGGCUUUCUUGAUUUCGGUAAUUAAUCUAUGGUGAAGAUUUGGGGCAUUGUAGGUCAAAUCAAUUUUCUGUUCGUUGUUUCUACUAGCAAUCACGUAAUACUAUCAGGAGCAAGAUGCACGAAUAUUUAAAAAGCAAAUACUAACAUAGUUGAAAAGUUGAAACUAAAAUUUCUAAAACAGUUAAAAGGCAUAAUUUUUUUACUUUAAUAUGGAGCAAUCAUAAUGUUAUGAACCAAUUUGAGAAUGGAAGAUUAAGGAGCAAAGAAGAAGAUUCAGUCAAGAAGAAGAAAGGGAAAGAAUAGAAAAUUUGAGAGAAGGAGAAUAGAAAGUUUGUUGUGCAAAACUGUCAUGAGCCUUCAGGCCCUUCCCUCUCGAUUUUAUUAACUGACUAUCAAACGGUUUUACCAUGGAACGCACCGUUUCAUUAAACAAGAACACACCGUUUUUAACACUGCAAAAGAAACAUAAAAACUACUGAAAAUUACAGAAAUAACAAUCGUGAAUUUCAUCCCACAUCACAUAAUUGAAUAUAUGUAGGAUUUUUAUCAUCUGCCAUUUCUUUCAAUCAAAUAUGUUUCUUUUUUCAAUUACUAUUAUUUGCUUUUCUGUUUUAGCAAAACUUGUGGAAGUGUAAAAGCAACAACCAAGCAGUGCCUAGUAUUUUCUACUUGAAAUUGUUUAACUGUAUGCAAUUAAGUGAUUUUGUCAUAUGUUCAUUUAAUUUUUAUUUUAUCAAAAUUUCAUACCUUUAGCCAUUUUUAUUUCUCAUAAGUGAUUGCUUUUGAACGUGUGUUGGCAUUUAUUAUUUGGAGUUUUCCAAUCUUUUAGGUUGUGAUCUUUUCAAAUAAAAGAUAUUGUGAAUGCAAGAAAAUUGAUUUCUCGUGGUCAUAGAAGUUUUAACAGUCAUAAGUUGAUUUUUAUUCUUUUUGUUGCCAUUACUUUGAAUUCUUUGUGCUCCAUCUUUUUUUUUUUGGGUGAAUUACAAGAAGAGGGUAAAGCCCUAACAACAACGCGACUAGCGCGACUCAAACCCAGGCCACACCUGGGGCGGUGAACACCCUGGCCAUCAGACCAACACACGGGAAAUUCAGCUUACAGUAUGUCAGAAGACGUAGAAUACCGCUGUUUUAUCGGUAAUCUUUCAUGGGCAACAACAGAUAGGGGCCUAAAAGAUGCAUUUGAAAAGUUUGGAAAUCUUCUUGACGCUAAGGUUGCUGUUGACAAGUUUUCUGGCCGUUCUCGUGGAUUUGGAUUCGUCUCUUUUGACGAUAAAGCAGCAAUGGAGGAAGCUAUUGAAGGAAUGAAUGGAAUGGAUUUGGAUGGCCGGAAUAUAACUGUUGAUAAAGCUAAGCCUCAUCAAGGGUCAGAUAGAGAUUCUGAUGGUGACCGUAGCCGUGAUCAUGGACGUGAUCAUGACCGUGAUCGUAACUGGGGCUAUGAUGGUGGGCGUGGAUCACAUGGUGGGGAGUGUUUUAAGUGUGGUAAACCUGGACACUUUGCUAGGGAGUGUCCUAGUGACGGGGGUAAAUAUGGUGGUAGGGUGGAUCGUUAUGGUGGAGGUGGUGGCAGCAGUGGUCGUUAUGGUCCUGACCGGAAUGGAGAUCGAUUUGGUGGGCGCAGCAGGGAUGCAGGUAGUCGUGGGGGGGCUGGAGCUGGAGGUGAUAGAUAUAAUCGUGAUCGUUCUGGACCAUAUGAGCGUCGUGGAACUGGAGGUCCUCGUUCAUAAGAUGACUGAUUGUGCUGAUGAACUUGGGUUGCUGCUUUUAUGCUCUGUGAAGCAAGAAGUUCCCUUUUUGCAUGAUAUGCUCUUUGUUGUUGUCUGGGUGGAACAAUAUAAUAGUUCUGUCCUAUGAAGUGUGAAACUUGCACAGAUCUACAACUGUGUUCCUAAAAUGCUGUGUUUGAUAUUUUGGUCCAAUGGAGUCUUGUACUUUCAUGACAUGCACUUUCAAAUAUGGUCUUAUGCUCUCUGAAUGCUCCA